GGGCUGCUGGAGGCAGCAGCUUGGUCUUGCUCCAGUGGGUUGUCCAGCCAGUGAUUCCCGUUUCCCCUCAGGCUGCCUCUCAUUAGCAUGGAUCGGGGGAAGGGCAUAAAAGACUCCAGCUCAUUUUGAGUCUGGAAAAACUUUACUUCAAAAUGACAACCCAAGUGUUCUGGCUCCUCUGCUUUGUCAUUAGACCAUCUUCUGGAUCCCUGCCCUAUGCUGAGAAACCCGGCCAGGCUCUGAGCAAAGAUGUUUUCAGUCCAGCAGCUGACGUUCAGGUGAAGGUGCCAGCGCGGGGCACGGGCGGUGCCAGCGGGAAUGCCAGGGAAGGGCGGCUCCCGGGAAUGCCCUCGGGAAUCCCCUCCCUCGCCCCCGACAAGAAGAAACGCGCGGAGCCUUCCCUGGAAAACAGCACGGGGCUGAGGAAGCGCCCGGGGCAGCUCGGGGGGCUCCGGGCCCCGGGCAGCCCGGCCCAGGGCGCUCCUCCGGACCCCGGCCGGGCCAACAGGCGGCACACGGACCGGCGGCUGGCCGGGGCCGCCAACAGCGUGGGGGCCCGAGCCCUGCGAGCCGCCCCUCCGCACCCGAAGGCCGCGUCCCUGCUGGAAACUCAUCCUUUCCCAGGCUCUGGAACGGGGCAGUCCGGUGAUCCCGACGCGCCGCACCGCUUCAACCGAGCGGGGAAGGGAGCGCCCCGGGAGCAGCCCGAGCGCCCCGGGAGCCGCCCCAAAGCCUCGGGGGUCACCAACCGCUGGGCGCCCGGCCCGGGGCACCGCGGCGUGCCGGGGACAGACGCUGACAAGGAGAAGGUGUGUCGGAGCGAGUGCGGGAAGGAGCGGGAUGAAGGGGAGGCUUUCUGUGCCAGCGAGUUCGCAGUGAAUGGAAUUGUUUAUAACCUGGAAAGCCUGGGGAAUGGAGUCCAGUGGAUUACCCUCCUGGCAGACAGUGAUGGAUUGUACAAGAUGAGUCGCCUCUAUGUCACUCCUGACGCCGCCUUCUUCCGAGUUCACAUCUUGGUUGUGGAUACUUUAAACUGCAGUAAACCAUGUCCAGACUUCAAACUUGGCAGCAGGUACAUCGUGAUGGGCCACAUCCACCACAAGCGCCGCCAGGUGCCCGCCGAGCUGCUGCCGGCCCUGCGCGGGCGGCUGCGCCCGGGGGACGGCUGGGUCGGCAGCGGCAGCAGCUACGUGAGGAGAUUCAACAGGAAAAGGGAUCUCAGGGUGAGGGCAGCGCGCUCCAAGUGUCCUUAAGGCUCCGGGGGCUCCGUGCAGGACGUGGGAGCGGCGGGAUUCACCCUCGGAGCGCACCCGGCCGUGGGCAGCGCUCCCGCCCGGAGCCGCAGCGCAGCAGCCGCUUUUGUGCUUCAGCGAACACCGGGGCCUCGAGCAGGCACCCCUGGCGAGGCUCAGCACAGAAGUCACUCUAGGGAAUGUUAACUGGCCGGGAAUUUGCUCCAGCUGCUUUCAGAGCCACAGGUUAUUGUUGCUUCCCCUGCUGCAGUGUGCCCCGAGUAAUCUGUAGUAACUGUAAUGCAAAAUUCUGGCAGUUUUGUCCUCAGUACACAACAACUGCACUUUGAACCCUUCACCUUGAACACAUUAGAUGAUACCACAGCUUUAUCUACACAGGAUGUUCACUGUGCUUUCACAGUUCUGCCUAAUGUGUUCGAUUUCAGAGAAACCAAUACCACUAAGUACUAUUUGCAUUGUUUUUAUCUCCUCAACCAUGUCCACGGUAUUUCUGAAAAUUACACCAUUCUUCCAGCAGAGCUGCAUGUUCACACAAAGCAUACAGAUAGAGUGUAAUAAUUUGAGUAUAUGAACACACUGAUUGAAAGCAAAUCAAGAACUGCAAAACACAAAUGCCCAGUUGCAUUUACAAGUGAUGGUGCAGGGAAUGCAAAAUGAGCACAGGCUACACAAACCGGGUGUGCCAGGGCACUUUGUCCCGGAGCCGUGCUGAAUGCCAUUCCCCGGGAGAAAUAUUGCCAAGCUUGUACUUGCACAAGAGUAAAGUUACUUUUUAAAUCAAAAAGACAAUAUUUUAUUACCUUUAGUGUGGUGAAAUUGAGAUGUUUGUUGUUCCCAGUCAGUAUUCGCAAGUAAGUCUGUAAAAGAAACUAAUAAAAUGCUCAUGAGGUUCUGCUUU